AUGUUGUCUUCAAUGCUUUCUACUGCUUUGUUGGUGGCUGCGACAAGCGCAGUGCCUCACGGACCUCCAUCGCCUCCCACUGGUCCAGGUCACAACGGACCUCCUGGCCCUCCCGGCUAUGGACCACCACCAGGUCACCCAGGACUACCUCCAGCGCCGACUGCUCCAGCACCGCCAUCGCCGACUGGCCUACAGCCAUAUGGCUUCUUCGUUAACAGUACGAUCUACGCUACAUCAGGUAGCGAGCAUAGCACAUAUCCACGCUACACUGAGCUCUCACUCUCAGGCCAUUCUCCACCGUACUUCCCAAUCUUCGAGAGCAAGGACGGUGGUGCUAGCUGGAAAUACAUCAGCAACCUUACCGAUCAGGUCAACGGGCUCGGAUUUGCUGCCCAGCCAGGUCUUACCCAACUCACCUUCGACAUUGGUGCCUACAAGAGGGGCACCAUCCUCGGAACUGGCAACUCGUGGGGUUCGAACAGCACAAACAUUGACUUGUACAGUUCCACCGACGGUGCGCGGACAUGGCAAUUCGUUUCCAACAUCGCUCGUGGAACCCGACCAAACACCACUAACGGUGCCACACCGAUCUGGGAACCAUACCUUUUGCCAUAUGACGGCGAGCUCGUCGCCUACUACUCUGAUCAGCGAGAUUCCAAGUAUGGGCAAAAGCUAAGCCAUCAAACCUCGACGGACCUCAAGACAUGGGGCCCAGUCGUUAAUGAUGUUGUGUACGACGACAUCUACGAAGCUCGCCCUGGUAUGACUGUCGUUGCUUACGUCCCACCAAUCGACAAGUGGGUGUUUGUCCAUGAGCGACCCAUUGGCAACUCCUCCAGCUACGGCCAACAUUACCCAGUGUAUUACAAACUCGCCAAGGACCCUCGAGACUUCCGCUUGUCACCGGACAUGCCUCUUGUCGUUGGCAACAAGACUGCUCCCAAUGCCUCGCCGUACGUUGUCUGGACACCUGAGCCCAAGGGUUCCAAGUACGGUACCAUUGUUGUCUCGGAUGCUGAUACACGAUCUGUGUUCACCAACCAGCUGGGGGGUGACAUCGAUGCGUGGGAAGAGCACGGCACUGCUGCGGGUGCGGUGUAUAGCCGUGCGAUUCAGAUCCUCAAGACCAAGCCGGAUCAUCUGCUCAUCUACGGUGGCGAUACUUAUGAUGGACAGCAGGCUGGCGAGCAUAUUCCCUUCUCGGCCAGCGUGUUCGACAUCAAUGAUGUGCUGAAGAAGGGUGCCAAUGAUUACUCUGUCUAA